AUGGAGGAAGAUGAAGAUGAGAGGAAGGGUUGGCGACCAAAGCUCGCGGCUUUUAGUUCGCUUAACACUCGAGUCGUUCAUUCUUCUUUAGAGGAAGGUGUCGUUCUGCAGCAGGCGUCUGCUGAGUCAACCGAUGCGAACACGUCUAGCAUAUCAGCGGCACAGUUUAGUGAUAGAAGCUUUGUGUCUAAAACCAGCACAUUCUCGCGAAGUGGUACUUCUAGUUCUAGUCAGGAGGAAUGUGAGGUAGCGCAGACAACAAUAACAAGUGGUCAGUAUUUGGCAGCUGCGCGUGUAGAAACUGCACGAUCAAUGGAGAGUCUCCGUCCAAGUAAAGAUUCGUCGCCGGCGCGCCCUUCCAGCUCGUGUACGUCUGUUCGCGUACAUCGCAGCUCAUUUCUUACAGCUAGUGAAAGAGAUGUUCGCGAAACGAGAGGUGCGCCAGCACGCCGGGCUCUCUCUGGGGAGGAUAUGGGGAACGCGGAAAAAAGGCGAGGAUUGUUUGCAAGUACGGAGCGGCGCGCCUUACAACAGCUCAGCUUGCCCCCGCCUGAGAGGCGACUUACUAUUUUAAGCCCACAUAGCCCGAUGGCAACCAGUGAACUACAAUGGCCGACGCCUCCGGGUAUUCGGGGCAGGCGAAAAAAAGGAAUGGUGCUACCCAAACUAAUAUUGCCUCGCAGCGAUUCAGAUGGCUCAGAAGUUUUCUUUGAAAGCUUUGAUGUGGAGAAUGGUGGGGCUGGUGGCGGGGCGGGCGGCGCGCGGUCUCCGCUCGAGGGCGGCUCGCCAUCCGCCGCCCUCGUGCUACAGUCACUGCCGCAGCGCCGCGAAUCCUUUCUCUACCGAUCUGACUCCGACUUCGAAAUGUCACCCAAAUCCAUGUCACGUAACAGCUCCAUUGCCAGCGAAAGAUUCAAGGAUGUGGAGGCAGCACAACUGGAUAGAGCCCAUGGAGAAGACUUGAUAGUGACCCCAUUCGCUCAGGUCCUAGCCAGCCUGCGAAGUGUACGCAACAACUUUUUAUGCCUCACCAAUGUGCCCGCUUCUAAGUCUCGGAGAUCGUCGGGCGCAGCUACAGCUCCAACUCCUCAGCAAAAAAAUUUCAACUCUGGAGAUGAAGCCUACAUGAAGCUCGCUCUGGAAACAGUGGAAGAACUCGACUGGUGUUUGGACCAGCUGGAGACAAUACAAACACACCGCUCCGUUUCUGAUAUGGCAUCACUUAAGUUCAAACGGAUGCUGAACAAGGAGCUUAGCCACUUUUCGGAGUCCAGCAAAUCCGGAAACCAGAUUUCAGAGUACAUCUGCUCUACAUUUUUGGACAAACAACAAGAGCUCGAUUUGCCGUCACUACAAGUGGACGAGAGCACUGAACGCAUCAAGAAAAAAGAAAAGCCGCGUCAUGGCGGACCUGCGACUACUAUGUCACAAAUUACUGGUGUCAAGCGGACUCUCACACACACAAACAGCUUCACUGGAGAACGCGUACCACGAUACGGUGUGGAAACUCCGCACGAGGAAGAACUAGGCAAAUGUUUAGCGGAAAUUGAUCGCUGGGGUGUCGACAUAUUCCGUAUCGGAGACCUUUCUGGUGGUCGUCCGCUAACUGCGGUAGCUUAUGCUGCAUUUUCAACAAGGGAACUGCUGACUACACUUCAAAUACCUAAUAGAACGUUCCUCGCCUUUGCCGUAACACUUGAAGAACAUUACAUUCGUGACAAUCCCUUCCACAAUUCUCUUCAUGCAGCUGACGUCACACAAUCCACAAAUGUUCUCCUAAAUACACCGGCACUCGACGCCGUCUUCACACCUAUAGAAAUAUGCGCUGCUCUGUUUGCUGCCUGCGUACAUGACGUGGACCACCCGGGACUCACUAACCAAUUCCUGGUCAACUCUAGCUCCGAAUUAGCUCUAAUGUAUAAUGACGAGUCAGUCCUUGAAAAUCACCACCUCGCCGUGGCCUUUAAACUGCUGCAGAACGAUGGAUGCGAUAUAUUCGUAAACCUACACAAGAAACAGAGGCAGACGCUGAGGAAAAUGGUCAUAGACAUGGUGCUGUCGACCGAUAUGUCCAAACACAUGAGCCUUCUCGCAGAUCUGAAAACAAUGGUAGAAACUAAGAAAGUGGCCGGCAGCGGUGUUUUAUUGCUGGACAAUUACACUGACAGAAUACAAGUCUUAGAGAAUCUCGUACAUUGUGCCGAUCUGAGUAAUCCAACUAAACCUUUACCUCUGUAUAAGCGGUGGGUCGCUUUGUUAAUGGAGGAGUUCUUCCAGCAAGGAGAUCGGGAGAGAGAGCACGGGAUGGACAUCAGUCCUAUGUGUGACAGGCAUAACGCCACGAUAGAGAAAUCUCAAGUCGGUUUCAUCGACUACAUCGUGCAUCCCCUGUGGGAGACGUGGGCGGAUCUAGUCCACCCCGACGCUCAAGAUAUUCUAGACACGUUGGAAGAGAACAGGGAUUACUACCAGAGCAUGAUACCACCAUCUCCACCGCCUGCACCUAUUCAAGCGCACUCGAACGUGGACGACGAUCGCCCUGAUCAGAUCCGCUUCCAACAUUGUUUCUCUCGCCAGGUGACGCUCGAGGAGGGCGAAGGCUCGGAAGAAUGCGAGGGUGAGGGGGACGGUGGGAUGUGACGGAAGUUGUUGGGAAUCUGCAAGAAACUCUCUGAGAAGAUGCAAGUUUGGUGGAAGCUCUGGCAGUGAGCGGACUCCGCCGCCUGAGCAAGGCCCGAGGCUUGUCGGAUCACACUCGUUGACGCUUAUACCAGUUUAACCGACGAAAUGAGACGAACGCUCGGGGCUCGUGUCAUUUCGUACAUUUAUUUGUAUGUGAUUAUUCGCAGUGUUUAGAGUUACCUAACGACUAAAUAUAUCCCUCCAAUGACUGUAUCGUUCGAUUGUUUAGUGUUUUGUAACUACGUUUUUUGUCUAACCAAAGAUAUGUCUCUUUUAGUUAACUCUCGAUUUCCCUGUAUGUAGCUGGUCUCUGUAAAUUCGUGUAAGUAGAUUUAGUGUCGACGUCAUAAUGUCGAUUAAUGUAAGAACAUUGAAACGCUUAUUAAUUGGUAUGAAAGGGUAAUUUAUAUUGUCAUAUCAUCCAUAUUUCUCAUUAUAUACGGGUUCGCGCUAAUGAUGUUAAUCACAAAAUUUAUUAACAUUUAGAUAUUAUCUACGUAAACGUGAUUUAAGGUUAAAUUCUUCGAGUUCUGUCUCCUCUGGAUAUUAUAUAUUCGGUCAGUCACUUGUAAAAAGACACAGUCUACUUAGUUCAAUUGUUUUAGCGAUGGCACCUCAUUUAUCAUAAGGAUCGCAGGCGAUCCCGUUAUUUUCUCUUAGAGUAAAUUAUUAUUUUUGUAUAUUACUUAUAAACUUAGUUAUCCAAAAAUUAGUGAAUGUGAUGCGACUAACGGCUUGAGAAGUGUGAAGUACUAACAAUGGUGUGGUUUGACCAAGGCGUUGAUAAACAGGCCGGGUUUUGCAAUAGUAAUAAUUAGUAUAGAUCAAAACCUAUGCGCACAACACCAUAAUGCUUCUGUACCUGUGCGUUUGAACUAUUUUCUGUUCCUGACAAACACUGAAAUAAUCUAUAAAAUGUAUUAUUUGCAUUUCAUAGUAUCCGUUGACUUAAUUUACAAUAAGUUUUUAUUAUGAGCUGGUCUCUGUGUGUACUCAAUGCUAUUUCUUGAUUAAAUGAAUUAUUUGUUCCUAUCUAUAUUUCUGCUUUUCCUUUACUGUGUCCUGAUCAUUCAUAAUCGUGUAAGAGUGAUGGUCCAAAUAAAUACACUUUCGUAUAUAAAAUUGAACCCAAAAAAUGUGAAUUUUCUUUCUCAAGUUUAAGAAUAAGUACAUUAAACUUUAAUGUGUCGACAGACGAAAUGAAAACGCUUAUUUACUGUAUGUUGUAGAUAUGCUUAGUAAAAUUGUUUUUAAUACAUAUAUAACAAGAACCCUGUAACUCAUAUAUACCUAAUGUAGUCGUUGUCCAUGUAUUUGACACGAAAGGAGGGUUUUCGUUAUAUAUAAAGAAACAUUGUACGUAAUAAUUAAUGUUGUAUAGACUUGUGUGAGGAAUCGCACGUUUUCUAGUUCGCAGGUCUAUAAACCUAUUGGCUUUAUUCAACCUUUGUAAUUGUACCCGAUAAUAUUGAAUUAAUUAUCAUUCUAAAAUGUAACUAGUUAAUAUACUGUUGUUAUAAGGUAAUAAUGUAACCUUCUUUUUACUUAUUGUUUUUUUGAGAAAUACUAAAUUAAAAAAAAUAAUCAGAUUCAACUCACAAGCUCACUACCAAAGAACAAAGUAGGUCGUAUUGUGCAUCUGGUAUGUCACUGGUAUCAAAUUGAUUUCGUGUUUACAUAAGUAUUAAUGGGUUGGACUGAGAUAUAUAAUCAAAUAAAUCACGCACGGAAUGCCGAAAGGUUGAAUUUAAUUCAAUUAAACAAGUGUAUUAAAGCAAAACUUAUUCUGGCAACACUGUUAAAGUGACAGUUGACGCGAGGUAUUUAAUAGUCUGUGUAUUUAGUAUUAUAAAUCUCAGUUUUCCCCUUUUUGUUUCGUCAGUGAUUGAACUAACGUUAUGAUUGGAUAAUACAUAGAUUAUAAACACGGUGUUAAAGUGUGCGAUGCUGGUCAUUUGCAUUACUUUUUGUUUAUGUAUGUUAAAGUAAAUAGCUUAUAAUAGUUUAAAUGAAUCUUUGAGUUGAUUAAAAAAAUAUUAAUGUAUUUAGAAUAAAAAGAUAUGGACAAAUCUG